UCAAAGUUGAGUUUUUUUUACAAUCGAAAUUGUUAUCAAUUAUAUCGCUAUUUGUGUUCGUUUUUUAAACAAUUUUCUUAGAGCAAUACUAAAAUAAAAACAAUGGGUGUUGAAAUUGAAACGAUAAAACCUGGUGACGGUCAAACUUUUCCCAAAACUGGACAGACUGUGGUAGUUCAUUAUACAGGAACUCUUGAAGAUGGCCAGAAGUUUGAUUCUUCUCGUGAUAGGGGAAAGCCCUUUAAAUUUAGAAUAGGAAAAGGAGAAGUCAUCAAAGGAUGGGACAGUGGAGUUGCGCAGAUGAGUGUAGGACAACGAGCUAAAUUGAUUUGUUCCCCUGAUUAUGCAUAUGGUGCAUUAGGACAUCCUGGAAUUAUCCCUCCAAAUGCCACUUUAACUUUUGAUGUAGAGCUUCUUAAACUGGAAUAAGAAUGCACAGAAACCAGUCUCCAUUUGUAUGAAUGUAGAGGUACACUCCCAUAACCAGGAAACAUUUUCUUAAAUUUUUGAAACGUAAUUUAUACAUAUUCGGAUUUGUAAUUUCAUGUACAAAAUUUUCAUAUGUAUGAAAUUUAUGCCUGGAUUAUGGGAGACUUGUAAUGCAAUUUCACAGUUUUCUUCUUUCCAUGUUUUGCCUUCUUUGCUUUGCCCGUGGUAUGUAAUGAAUAUUUAUGUACAAGUUGCACAGUAAAGGAAUUUUAUGGACUUAUUUUAUUUUAAUUAUUUUUUUUAAUUUCAGAAAACCAUCAUUGUACAUCUUUUAUGAAAUAUUUUAGAAUGUUAUAAUUUUAGAUUUCUCGAUGUUUUUGACACUGAUAUAUGAAAGAAAUUCUGGAUUGGUAAUACUUAGAACAUUUUUAAACCAGACUUUGGCAACUUUUUAUCAUUCUUUGGUCACUAAAAUUACAUGUGAGGGCAGGCCCAUCAUUUAGAGGGUCAAAUGCCGUUGGCUUUAGAAAUAUAAAAAUGUAUUUACACUUAAGGGAGCAUGGCUUUUGCUGUUUUUUAGUAAAUUUACAUUAAUUAUAUUCUCUUUGCCCCCUUCCCCCAGGGAAAAAUUCGAAAUUUCAUGCCUGCGUGCUGGAUAAGGAAGCUUCAGGUACCGUAUUGCAGAGUAAUUAAUCACACUUCCUUUUCCUUGCUUGUACAAGUUGCAUGGAAUUUUUUUAUGAAUCUGAUGUAAUUUUAAAAGCAUGGAAUAUGUCACUUCGGCCUUUUUUUUUAAAUUUGUUACAUAGGAAUUUUCAUAACAGUAUUUAGUAAUCGUUUUAUUCUCAACUUCAAAAUGAGGAACUUGAAACCUUAAUAUAAGUAUGAGCUUGCCUGAAGGGGAUAGACCCAAAUCUGCAUAACGCAGGGGAUUGGGGAGGGGCAAGUCCUUAAAAGGCUUGAAAGCCCAAGAAUUUUUUAAAUUUUUUUUAAAUCUAGCACUAAGACUUAACGUUGAAAAUAUACACUGCUGGCCUCUGAGGAAGUGCCCUACAUAUUCAUCCGGGCCUGGAAGGGCACCAAUUUUCGAGUUGCCAAAGCCUGUUUUAUCUUUUUUUUCCAUGUUGUAUAACAUUUCUCAACUCAAUAACUUUUUUUCUUUAAUGUUUAGUUUGCUUUUUGGAGUAUGAUCAAAUUAUGUGUGAUGAAAAUAUAUUGAACUUGGUUAGUGAGUUUUUGUACAAUUUUGUGGCCCUUAAAACGUUAAUUCACAAAUAUUCAUCAAUUACCAAACAUUUUAACCCAAAGUUAAACUUCUUUGAAAUGAAUGCAGAUUUUUUUUAUAUAUUAAAUGAUUCUGAUUGUUAGUAAUUAGUUCAAGGUGUGUUAUAUUUUUUUCUCACCUUGCUUGAACUUUGAUAACUUCUUAAUUACUAGCUUCUAUGAAAUUAAAAAUAAAAACAAUGAAGAUUUGUUAGUUCAGCUUUUGUAAUUCUUAUUGACGUAUCUUCUGUUGAUAUUUUCAAUGGAUAAUGUUAUUUCUAUGUGGAGAUUACACACUGGGCGUAUAUGAAAUUGUUGUUCUAGAACUGCAUGAUUAUCUUAAAUCAUUUAUAUUGCCUGUUAGAAUUUUUAGCAGAAAUUUUUAUAUUUCUCUUUGACAUAAUACACUCAUAGGAUGUAGUUUGCACAAGAAAACUUUGUAUGAAAUGUUGUAACAAAUAUUUAAAGAGGUAUUUUCUUGUUCAAAGUGAAAAGAAGCCAAUGCAAAAAAGCUGGUUGUAAAAUAGUAAUCGUAAUUUUAAUUUAAUGGUGGUUUCAUAAUUUACACCAAUCUGCUUUAAAUACUCUUGGUUAGUUGCCUGAUUCAACAUUUUUAGUUGUUUUUUUACGAAAUCAUUCAAAAACUAAGUGAUUAAAUGAAACAAUUAACGCUUAAUUCUGUGAAACUAAUUUUGUUUUUAAUUCAAUUUUAUUGCUGUGUUUAUUUUAGGAUUUUUUUAAAAUUAUGUUUGAUUAUCAUUAUUUAUUUAUUUUCAAAAUUUAAUUGCUUGUAGUGUUUUUAAUAGUUAUAAAGAACCUGUUUUCAUGCAUUGAAAAAAUGUUUAAUUUUUAAAGAAGCAAUAUGAAAACAGUUCAAAGUGAAAAAGUGGAUAUUGUCAUAAAGUAGCAAUUUUCUCAAUUUUAAGAAGUUAAAGCAAAACUCCUGUAUUAAAGAAUAAUUAUUUAUUUUGGUGUUACAGACUAUUUAUUCCUUAAUAUGACUUUUUUUUAUGGAUGUUAUGUAGUUUUAUGUAUAUAAAUGUGAAUAAUGCCAUUCUAUUUAAUUAAUUUUUAUAUAGUAUUUAUCUUGACGUUUAAAACUAGGGUCUGAAUGCAGGUGUGCAGAUUUAUUUCACACAUUUGUGUGUCAUUUACUAUUUAAUCAUUUUGUAAUGCCUAGAUGUUCUAUUGCACCAAUCUUUAGUAAAUUCAUACACAUUUAAUCUUUGAUAUUUUCUUAAAUAUAUGCUUUACGUAUACAUCAAGUUCUUGAAUUUUAUAUAUUUAGUGUGAAUUCCUGUGAAAUAAUACUUCUCACUUACUAGCUAAAGUAUUAUGAGCAAUAAUAAUUUAUUGUUAAUUUUUAUUGAAAUGAUUUUAUAGCUGGCUUACAUACUAUGUUUAGUUCUGGAAUGUAACUAGUCUCCAGAAAAAUUAACACAAACGAGCUUAAGGUAAUAUUUUUUUUUUUUUUUCAACUUUCAAAAAAUUCACCCUGUAUGUAGUUCUUUUCUCCCUAACUUAAUGACUUGUCAUUCUGUUUGUUGGUUAAAAAUAAAACACUUCUAAGUAUCUGUUUGGACCAUACGCACACUGCUUCAGCUGAUAUUUUUGAUCAGUUCGUAAAUUGUUUGUACAAGAUUGAAGUUGAAUAAUUUACCAAUGAAUCUGCAUCCACUUUGAUAAAUUUUAUAUAUGCUUCAAGUACUUUGCUUAAAAUUAGAGCUUUGCCCAGUGUGUUUGCUUUGAGCUGUGCUAUGCAGGAUUGCCUUUGGCUUUAAAUUAUCUUAUGUAGGCAGCAUCAAGUGUCCAGUGGCUGAAAAUUUUGAUAGUCGCAUAAUUUCAGUCAACAUAGUUAUAGUACAACCUUGAUUUAACGAUAGUCAAAGGACCGGAAAAGUUGCAGUCAAAUCCGAACCAGUGAAAUGCAUCAUUUAAUUGAGGAAAUAGUUCGAUAAAGGAUAUACCACCAAAUCUCCUCGGCUCUCCUUACAGUCAAGCACAAAGGGUUAUGUAUAGUAGUAACUACCAAACAAAGACUACUGUAUUUCCCAGCCUUUACAGCGCUUCUUAUACUCCAAAAUUUGUCCUAAAAAUACCCGUUGGUUUGUAAGCAUAGGAUAUAACUUCAUCUUUUCUUCGAUAUAAGCUGAUCAGUUAUUUUAGGUUAUAAGUUAAUUAUAUUAAAUAUUGAUGUGGAACACUCAAUCUUUGAAGUGAUAAUGAUGAAAUCAUACUUCUUUAUGAGAAAAAAAUAUAACUUAAAAUAUUUUUUUAAGCCAAGUAUUUUUAUUUGUCAUUUUUUUCUCCAUCCUAAUGUUAUUUUGUGGAAUUGAAAUGGUAAAUUUUUUAGCAUAAUUAAUUAUAAUCAAGUCGAAACAUUGUAAAUAUUUCUCAGAACGUUUGGUCUGAUUUAUUGUGAAUUAGAUAGUCGGUUGAACAUCUAAUUAUUGAACAUUUAAAGUGGAAAUUGAUGAAAUGCAUUCAUUUGAUUAAAUCGUGAAAAUGACUUUAUCUUUUAUACCACUUUGAAUAAUAGCAAAAUUUAAAUUGAUGCAGUAAAGAAAUUUUGGCGAGUUUCAAAUAUUUUCAUGCUGGACACUCUGCAGCAUUUAAGUAGUUCUGUAGCUUCUUGCUGCUUUGUCUGUGUUUUAUUGAUGUUUUAUAGCAAUCUUAUGUGAUAAAAUUCUCUCUUGAUGGUGAUUAAUUAAAACUCUUAACUAAAAGAAUUAUAGGUUCCUUAUGUCAACGGAAAAUUUCAUUUCCUCUUUUAAAAAUAGUUUCAACACUGAAAAAUUAAAAUUUGAAUUAGAGACCUUUUUCUGACUAAUGUUUGAAAUUGUAGUUGAUGUGUCAGUUGCACAUCACUGUUGGUUCAAAGUUCUUACAAUUUUAGCUGCCUUCUGAACAGUAAAUUAAGAAAUCUGAAUUGCUCACAGGAAAGGUCUCUCAGAUCAAAUUUAAUAUGACUACUGAAGGCUUGAUUUAGUACUAUAUGCCUCAUAGAAAGAGCUAUGCACCUGCCACAAGGAAGUUUAAUCUGCAUUUUUCAAUAGCCUUGCCUAGGGUAAUGAAUAACUGCAAUACCUAUUUUGAAAGUAAAUUUUGGAGAGCAUUAUUUUUAUUCUACUGCUAAAAUAUAAAGUAUAUCAUGGAGUUAUUUUGGUCCCUCAUGUAGAAGUGAUAUAAAACUUUAACUCUGUUUGAAUGUGCAUAUUGUGUGAUGCUGUAUAUCCAUUUUUAUGAAUAUUAAUAAAAAGUCCCUCUGCA